AGGAGAGCAGCAGCUGCCACACUCUUCAGAUAUCUCUCUAUUUAAAGUUCAAAGAGGUGCAGGAUAACAAUAAGGAAGAAAGACUCGUGGCCCUGACUAAGUCACCCAACAAUAGAAAUAAUGGCUGAGAAAGCAGAGUCAACAUCACCACACCUCAUGGUUCCCAUUCUUCUCCUGGUUGGAUGGAUUGUAGGCUGCAUCAUCGUUAUUUACAUUGUCUUCUUCUAGAAAAGCUCCGGUCACCUGCUGGAUCACCGGGGGUUUUAAACCUAGCUCAACCAGAAACUGAGCUGCCUCUCAUGGUCCUGCAUUCAAUAUGGAUUCUGGGUGUCAAACUUGGAUCCUUUACAGGAGCAGAACAUGAUAUUAACUGCUGAGCCAUUUCUCCAGACUCUAACAAGUCACUUUAUUGGAAAAAUAUAU